GACACCACGUCAAGCUAGAGACAACCCAAUUCGUAACUAUGAGCACAUUCGCUUGACAUCGCCGAAAAAAUGCAACACAGAUCCUUUACAAUUGAUGAUAUUUUAGGCGAAGAUCUUUCCAAAGAGGCAGCGAAAGCGAAACAGAAGGAGGAAACUUCGCAAACCACUGCCGCUCGAAGACCGAUUUUGUUGCCGAGGGUGCAGCCUAUGAUUUGGGGACAACGUACGGGCCAUUGCUGCAGUUCGCCGCAUCCAAACUGUUCCAGUCAUGUUAGCGAGCCUAGUGCAUUCUGCCCACCGUGGUAUUACGACAGACAUCUUUAUGCUUAUCAGGGUAAGAUAUUUAAACAUUAUCACCUCAAUGUUUCUGAUUUUUAGUGGUCCAUCUUCGUAUCUGUACUUAAACGUGGAAACCCGAUUGGCAAAAAACAGCCAAGCCCGCUCCAGCGCAGCUCCCUGCCGGAUAGUUCAUAAGGCAAAGCUAAAUACCAUCAGAACAUCAAUACAGCAUACACUAACGAGAAGACGUUAAAUUAAGCAAGCUUUGGCGGUACAUUUUGUUCAAACAAUUUUCACACAAACAAUAAGGAAUGAGUAGUCACGGCUUCUCUGAAAUGCCUCGUCAUUUCAUAGAAUUCAAAAAAAUUAGGUUGACAAAGUUAUGAGGCAGGCUUAAUCCAUGAGAUCAGGGCGGGAGAUUUGACCCAUAGAUUUGGCUUCUGAUAGUUAUUCAUUUUUUUUUUUACAGUUCAUUAUAGAUAGACGAGGGUCUCCAUGGGGUGGUAGCUUUGACGGUUGACGGUUAUUUUUUUCCAAUUAGUCAAUUUUGACGGUUGACGGCUAAAUUUUAGAGCUUUUGACGGUUGACGGUUAGUAAGCGAAAAUUUGGUCCAUAAGUUAAAGUAAAUAUUAAGUUGUGUGUAAAUUAAUAUUAACUGUUGUGUUUUGGAGGCUGCCUUGGCCUUUCACGAAUAAAAUAUCGUAGCAUUUUCAGGAGAAAACAAAGUUGUAAGGUCUUGUAAUGUUCAGAGAGAGUGUUUUUGAGAACAUGACGCGUGGUUUUUCAAGUUAAGAGAUUCUUCAGGAGCCCAAAGUCCGUUAAGGACGUGAAGAUCAGCUGAAAUAGUGAGCCUUUGAAAUACCUUGAACCGUUUUAACGGUUAAUAUCACCCUGAAUUUUGGACGGUUGACGGUAAAAAAUAACCUUUUUUGACGGUUGACAGUUAAAUUUUAGGCCUUUUGACGGUUGACGGUUAACCAAAUUGAGCCCCUCAUAGACUGCAUAUGAACUAAAACCCUUAUUAUUUUCAAUGUAAUAGGCAUUGCUCCAGAGCAAUGAAGAUAGGGAUUCUCAGUAAACUAAGGAACUCAGUGAUCAGAAAACUAUAAACGGUUUUUUACAAUCAAAAACUUAUUUGGAUAAACGUUGUGGGUGAAUGAUGGGGACAUAAUCUUCGGCACGCAAAGCGUGGGCUAUUACGUUAGAUAUCUAAAUUAAACUUAUCUAUCGACAUUUAGAACAAAGAUGGUUAGUUGUAAUAUUUUAUUAUCGAAAUAGGAUUGAUUUUGAAGUAAUGGGCACCAGAAUACCGGGUGUUGAUUUCCAAUUUCAGUUAAGUUUGUAUUAACAAACAAGAGCUCACGAAAACCAACGUAACGGGUGGAGUUUAUAUGCAAGAGAGAAUGAGAUUGGUUUAAGGAGACAGAUUUGAAUUUACUUUAUAAUUUCAUACUUAUUUAAACUGAGAUAAUUUGAAACUCUUCAUCAGUACAGAAUAUAGAACAAGGUUAUGGACAAAAGUAGGUAAAAAAUGAGAUAAAAAAAUUUUAGAAAAAGCUACACCAUCUCGUACAGAAGCAUAGAACAAGCAUAUAUAAUGGCUAAGCAUAGGUAGUUUACGAUCAUACCCUCCUUAUAUCGUAUCUCUAUAUGUCUCCUCUCAGAAAAACAAAAAACAUCUGCUAGCAGGCCAAGCGAGAGGGGCACCUAAUAUCUCUCUUUUCAGUGAGUCGAGAGGGUAAAUUGGCGAGGUUAGAGUAGAGGGAGGGAACGAGGAGAGAAGGGGCACCCAACGGCAAUUUUCGGGAAAAUAUCUGUUCGGAAGACGAUUUGAGAACUUUUUGGGAACAGCUCAAAUUCGCUUGCUUUCUUGUUUCUCCUAAUUUUCGAACAUCUACAAAAUGAUUCCCAUUUUAAACGAUAUUUACUUGUUUUCGUUUUCCUGGCUAUGCUCGCGCUCGUUUUGACCAAAUUUUCCACUGACUUUCAGCUAGGAAAUCCGAACAGAUGAAACGGUCUAAACUAUAUUUCAACAAUGAAAAUGGUUUGACGCGACCGUGUUGAAAGCUUAAAAACGUUCAAUUACGAUUCAGACUUGUUCUUACGCCUGAAAAACCCUAACGGUCUAAAUAUUGAAAAUCAGCCGUAUCAAAAACGUUCAAUAUGAACAAUUCCUGGUAGCCUGCAUCACUGGCAAAGUUAAUGUCGUACCUAGAUCUCACUCGGUCUCGCGCUUGGCCGUGGGAUAUCUGGGAAAGAGAUUAAGGUGUUGUUAGCCGAACAUGAGACAUUAGGGACUUUAAGAUCCAACGACGGGGACGGCGACGAGAACGUAAAAAAAAACAGUAGGUUUCACAACCAAUACAACAACUUUGCACGUGCAAGACCCUUUUUUGUACAUUUCUUUGCCCGUUUUUGCACGACUACGACUUGAAAAUGCCUAAUUUCACCUUUUAUGGAGUACGUAAACAAGCAACGACGAAAUUUUAUUUCUCUCUUUGAAUUUGGAUAUUUUCCCUCGGAAUUCAACUCCAGGAGGUUUCGCUUACAUUUGACAAAGUAAGUGGGCAGGAAUAAUUGCGAUAAAGACUGAAAGAACGCAAUUCACUUUUUAAGCCACGUUUUCGUUGCCGUCGCGACGUUGGAUCUUAAAGUCCCUAUUGGGCGCAAAGCGCGAAGCGGAGAAAGGAGAGGAAAAUCUACCUCGUCCUUAAUCGCUGGCGAUCGCUUGUUUUGGGGAUAUUUUGGCUGAUAAUUUAGGAAGCGGGGGCGAAUGGAGAGAUGAGAUUGGGAGAAGGCAGAAAAAACUCGCGGUAUACGCUCGUUCCCAUCAUGCCCCACUUGCGCUUUUCGCUCGUCUCCAGUGCCCAGCUUUAAUUUCCGUGCUCUCCGCUCAGCCCUGGGAAAGCCUGGGGAAGAGGUAGAAACAGUAACGCCACUGAGAAAGUCUAAUGUAGGCUUUAACAGAUUGUGCCCGCAUAAUGUUUUACAUAAUUUUAAAGUAUUUUUUGAAAAAAAGCACUGCUAGCAUAAUUUACACUUUUGUUGGCUAGUCGUACAGCACAAAAUUGUCAUUUUACGGAUCAUGCAACCAUUUUUUUUGGCCGGAGAUCAGUUUUACGGGCAAAUAUAAGUAUUGAUGGGACCUGCACACAGUGGCCAGUUUAAGGAAAACAAUUGAAAACAUUCUCAUUUACAAGAGCCAUAUACUAAAACAGGAGAGAAUGAGCUACAUCAUUAUCUCUAGACUAAAAUUUUUCGUUUCUAUUUUACAGAUUACCCUCAUCAACAUUUUCACCAACGAAAUCUCAUCAUGAACGGAAAACAGCGUCGUCCUCGCACAGCAUUCUCAAGUCAUCAACUUCUAACAUUGGAACGCCAGUUCCAGGCGCAGAAAUACUUGACUCGACCGCAACGAUACGAGCUUGCCACCAGUCUUAUGUUAACGGAGACUCAAGUCAAGAUCUGGUUCCAAAACCGCCGAAUGAAGUGGAAACGUUGCGGCAAGAGCUCCGAAGGUAGAAAAACAAGAAAGGAAACAGAUGUAUCGGAACACGAAGACGACUAAAGACGUUUUAUUAUUUUCCCGAUUUAUUAACAUGACACCGGCGCCGAUGCUCGUGCCAUGCGUUCAUACCCAGUCUCCCGAUUCACAACGCCGCGCACCCUGUCAGCAGAGCCUUUCGCCAACCUCGCUCCCAGGCUCUCUCUCCUACCUGUCCGUACGGAGCGAGAGCAUGGGUAGGAGAGAGAACCUGGGAACGAGCUUGAAUUUUUCCCUUGCUCAAUUUUCUCCUCUUCUCUCAAUAAGUCGAGGCUCUUCUCGCAGGAGAAAUACUGUGGGGUCAGAAUGAAAAUUAAAAAUAUCGAGGACUUAUUUUGCAAAUAACGAAGACCAAGCGAUACUCCAUGAACGAACCGCUAAAAGCUGACAUAUGAAUGCAAGAUCUGAACCUGUUCCUAGCCUCUCAACAGCAUC